UUUGUUCUCUUCUCUAUUCUCCUUUGUCACCAUUCAUUUUUUCUACAAACAUCAUUCUUCUCCUCUCCAAUCUUCUCAAUUUCUUUUAAAGUUGUCUCUUUCACAAUCUUUUUAGCGCAGAUAUACAUUUGUCUUCAUGUUUAACAAUUGCCAUAACGUUCCGGACAUGUCUCCAAAUUUCAGUCUGGAUGAGUGCUUGUUUAACGGCCGUUGCAUAUGGGUGAAUGGGCCUGUAAUAGUUGGCGCUGGUCCUUCAGGUCUUGCAGUGGCUGCAGGCCUAAAACAACAAGGUGUUCCAUUCACAAUCGUAGAACGCGCCAGCUGCAUUGCCUCUCUUUGGCAAAACAGAACUUACGAUCGCCUUAAGCUUCACCUCCCAAAACAAUUUUGCCAGUUGCCACACUUUCCAUUUCCUGGUAACUUCCCUGAAUACCCCACCAAAUAUCAGUUCACUAACUACCUGGAAUCCUAUGCAAAACACUUCGACAUAAACCCGCAUUUCAAUGAGACAGUUCAGUCUGCUAAGUAUGAUGAAACUUUCGAGUUGUGGAGAGUCAAAACUGUUUCAUCUAGUGGUUCAGGUUCAACUGAGUAUAUUUGCCGGUGGCUUGUAGUGGCCACAGGUGAAAAUGCAGAGAAAGUUGUGCCUGAUUUUGAAGGCUUGCAGGAUUUUGAUGGUCAUGUUUUACAUUCAAGUGACUAUAAAUCAGGUGAAAAUUUUAGAGGAAAGCGUGUACUGAUUGUUGGCUGUGGCAAUUCAGGCAUGGAAGUUUCUCUUGAUCUCUGCAACCACAAUGCAAAGCCCUCGAUGGUCGUUCGAAGCUCAGUUCAUGUAUUGCCAAGGGAAGUUGUUGGGAAAUCAACAUUUCAAUUAGCUGUUUUGAUGAUGAAAUGGCUUCCACUUUGGCUAGCAGACAAGAUACUGCUUAUUGUAGCGCGGUUGGUUCUGGGAAAUGUGGAAAAAUAUGGUCUUAAAAGGCCAGCCAUUGGACCCAUAGAGUUGAAGAACAAUCAAGGAAAGACUCCAGUUUUGGACAUUGGAGCCUUACAAAAAAUUAAAUCGGGUGACAUUAAGGUUGUCCCGGGAAUCAAAAGGUUCAGUCAGGGCAAGGUGGAGCUCGUUAAUGGACAGAAUCUUGAGAUUGAUUCGGUUAUUCUUGCAACUGGGUACCGUAGUAAUGUUCCAUCAUGGCUAAAGGAAAAUGAGUUCUUUUCUGAAGAUGGAAUUCCAAAAAAUCCAUUUCCAAAUGGGUGGAAAGGCAAAGAUGGACUUUAUGCAGUUGGGUUCACAAAAAGAGGUCUUUCUGGUGCAUCUUUAGAUGCUGUAAAUGUAGCUCAUGAUGUUGCCAACACUUGGAAGGAAGAAACAAGGCAGAAAAAGAAGUCCAUUGCCUCUCGCUCUUGUCAUAGAAGAUGCAUAUCACAUCUAAACAAAUGGAAUCUUUUUUUUUUUUACAACUGAUUGAUCAAGAAAUGAGAUUAAUUUUCGUGUAGAAAAGCACUAGAGGAAGCAAAAAAACCCACUAUCAAAAGCCGGGAGCAGCCCUCUCCUUUAUAGAACCCCCCCAAGAUUUGCAAAUAAUUGGAGAAUUUUUUUUAC